UUUUUCCUACAGAUUUUGUCCUUGAAUCUACGGAAUUGCAAUGACACUAGCUACCGAUUUAGUGUUUUGUUUUUCGGUUCGGCAACAUUGGGUUGCGGUGACAAGUGUAAGUGACAAGAAUGACAAACGUCAAAAGUGUGUACAAAAUCAAAAUUCUGCCGAAUCAUAUUCAUAAAUUCCUCUCAUUCUAUUAGAUUUUGGUCUGAUAACUGUAAAAAACAACCCAAAAUGAGUUUUGCACUACCAUCGGUUAAAGUGAAGCCAGAACUUCCUGACCACUUUGGCUUCAAAGAAGGGUCUCUCGGAGUUCAGGAUGUUAUGACCAAUGGAUUAGCUUCUGCCAAGCCUUGCACGGAUGCCGUGCACGCUUUGGUUGCGUCAGAAAUGAAUGUAGGUAUUUUGGUUCCAAAUAAAGAAUGUUUGUCAUGUCUUAACCUCACUUUAUCACAGUAUGUGUAUAUCUUAGUGGUUUUAUUUUCCUAUGCUAGUCAAGUUUUGAUAGUCCAGGUUAAUAUCUUGGGGCUACCAUUUAUGUCAUGAUUAGAUUUUCUUUGGGGUCAACGAAGCAGCUACCCCAUGGCAUCCGAGCAGAGAAAAAUUGUCUUUUGAAUUCUACAAUACUUUAAACAUGCUAUACUUUGCUCUCUUCAUUUCCAUCGGCAGCAAAAUAAUUUUGCUAUGUGCUCUAAUCCCUUUAACACAACAUACUGAUAUUCAAUACAUACAUCAUAUUUCUACCAUAACGAUUCAAAUAAGC